CAAGACGUCAACAGCCUAUCAGAAUGUGAGUAUCUAAUUUCCUGGAAUGAGUAAUUGUUGGCUCUCUAGAGCCCCUAGAGGUUACAACCCUGACUGAUGUCUUGCAGGAUCGGCCAUAUCAAAGCAGGCUUACCCUCGGUGGAAGUUCGAGUUCCUCAUCAUUGGCGCCCUAUGCUCCGUUUGGGGAGUCAUCAUGAUGAUCUUCCUCCCAGAUAGCCCAGUCACCGCCAAAGGCCUCAACGAAAGAGAAAAAAGAAUAGCACUGGAGAGGCUGAGAGACAACCAAACUGGUAUCGAGAAUAAGCACUUCAAGUGGUAUCAAGUUCGCGAAGCAUUCACCGAGUACGUAUAUCCCGAAAGCACGGAUGGUAAUUUAUACUCCAUCCGUCUUCUCUGAUUAUCAAGUACUUCCUCUUUUUCUUCCUUGAGGUGGUCGUGACAGACGCUG